AUGAGUGAUGAACCUGUAGAAGUGGUAGCUAUGGGUAAGAAGAGUCGUUGUCCCGAUCAUAUACCCGCACUGAAAGCAAUUAAGAAAAUAAAAAGGAGCACAUUCAUUGUUGCCGAUAUAGAGGCUGCUCUCUACGACGAUGUUCAUGUUCCUUGCGUAGUGGGGUUCUUAGUGGUUAAGCCGGGUGAAGAUCUUGCUUCCAAGUCUGAAUAUUAUAUUGAAACAUAUUUCAGUGAAGAUAACGAUUUCUCAAUAUCAGAUUUCAAAAAACGAAGUGAACGUAUGAUGCUCGACUUUAUAGAGCAUUUAGCGGCUGUGAUCGGCAAGUACUCCUUCCAAACGGUGAUGAGGAAGCAUAAAAUGUACGAGUUAAAAGUCUAUCGUGGAAAUGAAAAAAAGAAAUUAUUGUUCCGUAUAAGGGAUUCCUACCUUCUCCUUCCCGCUGCGCUAAAUAACUUGGCCCAGGAUUUAUGCCCGAAAUUAGGUUCUAAAGGCACCAUUCCCUAUGAGAAAUUACGAAUUGAGUAUCUUCCGGAGAUAGGUCAACAAUUGUUGGCUUAUCUGAAACAAGAUAUUCGUCUCUUAGGUGGCGUUAUGCUGAAGGCACAAGAGAUUUAUUGGAAUCUGUACAAAAUAGACAUCGUUGAUACAAUAACGUUGUCAUCGCUAGCUCUAUCAAUCUUUCGUAUGCACUAUUACGACCCAAAGAGUUGGCCCAUCCAUAUACCAACUCGAAACCAAGAACGCUUCAUUCGGCGUGGUUAUUAUGGAGGACAUGCCGAUGUCUAUAAGCCCUAUGGUUAA